GAAGAGGGUGUGUAACUCUGAGAGUUCAUAAUGUUGUGCUGUAAGUCAGGCUGAGAAAGCAGAGCAGCAGACGAAGCGGCGCAAACUGAGAGCAUGAGGAGCAGCAGUCAGUGUGAACGCGGAGCAGCUCAGAGUCAGAGCGCGAUGAGCCCAGCACACAGCGCAGCCCUGAUGCUCGGUGUCCUCAUCUCCUUCAUACCCAUCACCACAAGUGCUCCGGUGCUCUUGAAUCCAUCUUCAAUAGAGCAUGAGCAGUUGCUAACCCAGAUAACUGAUCUGUGCUCGUUCUACCUCUCUGCAGACCCAUCAUUUAGAACAUCUGAUGUCCUGGAGGACCUGUGUUUCCUAAUGCUGGGAUCACUGCAAAAAACGGAGGAGAUCACAGCCCGAGAGAUCAGCAAAAGGUUUUUAUUUCAUUACACUAAACCGAAUGGCGCAGGAUUGUCAGAUGGGACGUCUACUGUGUUGCACCCUCUUCUGGAGCUCAUACCCCAGCUUGCCAGAAGAAGAAGCAGGAGAAUGAAAUUAAAUGCUGACCUUCAGGGGCCCGGACGGAUCCAGAGCAGAGGAUACUUCAUUUAUCGGCCACGAAAUGGAAGAAGAUCUGAUGAGUAUGUGUAAAACACUAAAGAAUUGAAAAAUCAGCACCAGACCCCGUCCUGCAGGUGUCCUGAUCCGAGCCAGUCAACCUUGAAACGUCAUGUUACUUGUUCCAGAAAACACCCUUCUAUUGAAUUGUGAUGUUGAAUGUACAGACAGAAUCCAAAUAAAAUCUUUUAUCUGUUCAAACGUUCCUGUUUGUGUAACUGUGCCGUGUCUUUUAAAUUAAAAGCAUUAUAAAAUAUUUCUUCAUGGAGUGUGAUUUUGACCAAACUCACUGUAUGUGUUUAACUGUAUACCAAAGAACAAAGAAAUAAAACCUUUUUCCUCCUCUCCGUUUACUUCUUGAAAGCACUAGUGUGACUCUGGUUCGUUCUCUUUCUCUAGAAUGAAUGCGGUUUUGUGUUAUCCCGCUAUCUACAACGAUUAG